GUAAGUCAGUUCGACGAGAGAGUCAAAGGUAGCCGCAUCGCCACUGAGGAUAAAACCUGGAUACCUUCUGAACAGCCAUGCCGUACUACGAGGAGGAACGUCGCCACCACCAUCACCAUCAUGGUGGCAGGCCCAUUGUGGAGGUGGACAUUGUGCCGCCGAGGAUCCCUCGCCCCGUGAUCGAGAUCGGAGUGGGCGGUCGCUACCCUCCACCACCCCCCAGGGUGGAGGUCAUAACCCCAGCUGCCGUCUACCAGCCGCCACCGCCACCACCACGUCCCAUCAUCGAGGUCGACGUGGUGCCGCCAAGCCGACCCUUUAUCGAGUUCAACAUCGGCGGUCGCCGUCCUCCGCCCCGAGAGGAGGUCAUCAUUGUCCAGCAGCCUCCUCCGCCCAGGUGGUAGGCGUUGCCGAGAAGCGUGAACAACCGUAGAAAACUUUACAAAUUCUCUGAAUUAAUGUUAGAAUUAUACAUAGAUAUCCUUGCAAAUAAAUGUUAUUUAUCAAAUAUCCCUCAGAAAUUGUCAAUUUAAAAUGAUAAAAAAAAGUUUGUACAAUAAACAGGAAAAUAAAAUCCGUUCACGCUUUGAA